GAUAAUUAUAGAGAAGCUAGUUAUAUUGCUCUUCUUCUAACCUUUAAUAUUCCACUAUGGUUGGUCUGGAUAAUAGCUUCAGUCAUUCUACCAGAUUCAUAUCAUAAUGUCUGUUUUGGAUUUGGUCUUCUUGCAACCUGCAUAAUUACAUUUAUAACAAUGUUUCUACCAAAAUCCCGACAGAUGACGGCUAUGGGACGAGAGGGGGUUUUUAUAGAGGACCAUGAUGAGGAUGUAUCUGAUGAAAGAAUAGAUACACAAUAUCAUCAAUACAGAACUGUGAAACCAAAACCCCUGGGAUCUGUGUUCUCGAAGUGGGAAAAUCAAAAUGAUGCAGUUUAUCAAAAUGGUUCCUAUCUAGGUUUUCAUCGCCCCCUUGGGGUAAUACCCCCCUCCUCCUCUCCGCCUUCUUACAGACACGCCCCUGGUCCCUGGUCAGACAGCCCCCCUCAAUAUCAGGAUAUAGAACUGUUCUGA